CUGAGUGCACUCUGGCCGCACCCUACGGGUGGUGUAAUAUGAGUUAGGGAGAAAGGGACCCGAUCUAGGGCGACCGACGCGGUGUAAUAAUUGCUUAUCCUUGCUAGGGACCACGCGCACCCUUUCGAUAGGGCCCUUAUGCCAGAGACAUAUUAACGUGUCGUGUCGUUGCGUGCCAGAAGCACAUCAGUUUCAUGUGUUUACUAUGUUGAGACAUAUUUACCUGUCGUGUCGACUCUUUAACCUCUCUCUCUCUCUAACCCAUAAUCAAUGUAUGAACCCUAUUCGUCACGGCACGCCACGACACGUUACUAUGUUUCUGCCUUUAAAAUUGGGUAGUGUAAUAGAUGUUUGUCCUUACAGUCCUUAUCUGUCACUUUUUCGAUUUGUAAAUAUUUUUAUUUAGAGGGUUAUGAACAAUAUAAAUAAAGCGACGAUUUUAUUUUUUUCUUGAUGGCUCCUUUAAUACAAAUACUAAUUCCAAUUUUACCCGAACCUUAUGAACUAUUUUACUUUAAAGGUCUUGUUACAUAUUCAGCAAGAGAAAUUAUAAUAUAUCUUACAGCAUUUUCCCCAAUAAAGUUUAUAAUCCCGAGGAAGUAUUGUGAAAAUGAUAUUAUAUACGGGUACUUUGAUAAAAUUCCUGAGAAAUCUAAUAAAAGGGCGUCCAGAAAACAUGAUAAUUUAGUCAUCUUUAAUCACAAUACUAGACCUGAUAUAAAGGAAUUGAUUUUAUAUGGCAAGGAAGUUAAUUCUACGGAUUGUAGAGUGAUACUUUAUGAUUAUGAAAAAAUUGUGAAUUCCGAGGUUAAAUGGGAAUUUGACGAUGUUUUCUUAAAAUUACAAAAUCUACUUAAAAAUGAAUUAAAUCAGAUAAAUUAUAAGUCCACUGAACCACUGCUGCUUUGCCCAUCAUGGCUAUCAUCAUCAAUGGUUGCUCUACAUAUUAUUAAAUAUGUUAACAUCAUCCAUUGGGCAGUAAUAACAAUUAAGAGAAGUAAAAAAAUUUCGAUAAAGCAUGGAAAUUUAUUAUUAUCAAUUAUUAUGGACAUUUUAUUAGGAUAUCUGGCAUUAAGAUGUCUAACAUAUGAUAAAAGAGAACUGAGUGCAAUUUUAAUGGGUAUGUUAGAGAAACUCAUAAAUAUGCUCUAUUUCCUAUUAAAGUGGUUAAUGGGUGCACCCGCUGGACUAAAAUUAAACAAUGCAUUCAAUAAAAUGCUUGGAAAAUAUUUCUCCUAUCAUGUUCAACUAUGGUGGUUGUUUUUAGAUGUAUCUGGUGACAAAUUGGAAACAAUUUUACAUUUAUACCAUUACUUAGGAUAUUUAGGUUUCACUUUUCAAGCGGCACUAAUAUCAGAUAUGAUUUGUGUAGUAACAUUCCACUCAUACUGCAUUUACGUUUAUGCUGCCAGGAUGUUUAAUAUACAAAUAUCAGGACUGAUUGCUUUAAUGCGGUUUUUUGUUGGGAGAAAAUACAAUCCUCUCAGAGGCACCAUAGAUUCAUGUGAAUAUUCAAACCAAGAAUUGUUUGUUGGCACAGUGGCUUUUACAAUACUGUUGCUUUUGUUACCCACUACAGCAAUGUAUUACAUUGUUUUCACAUUGUUUCGAGUGCUGUCCCUAUUGGUGCAGUAUGCAUUAGCAAAGUUAAUUUACUUUCUUCACACUCUACCACUAUAUGUAGUGACUUUGUGGCUACUCCGUUCUCCAAAGGUAGCAGGAAAUGUCCUUUUGGAAGUGAGUGAAUAUAAGGUAGAGUCCAAAUCAGCAAUAAGAUUGAAACUUUUUAAUAAAUCACUAUUAUUUUUAGUAAAUAAUUGUCGCCCACCAGUUGAUAAGCCAAGAGAACUAGAGUGGGGCAGUGUACUGUCCAAUGUAUUUGUAGGAAAACAAAUAGUGUAAAUAUACAAUAUAAAGGAAAACAAUUUUUUUACUUCAUUAAAAUUCUUCCCAUUUUAUUACUCACAAAUAAAAAAAAUAUUUGGUCACCACACUUGUGAAUGUAUAAAUGCUUAAUUAACUACUAGUUAAACCAAUUUCAGCAACUGGGCAAAGAAAAUUUAUUAAUACAUAUUAUAAUUAUUUUAAUCCAUUAAAAGAUAAUUAUACUUAAGUUGUCACUAAGAAAUAAAAUGAUCACAAGAAAUUUCGUAGGAUUUUAGAGGUGGAGUCUACUUUGCAACGCAGAGCUAUUAAUGUUUUAUUAUUAUUAUGCAUAUCAGCGGAUGGCAUAAACUUCAUUUCGCAGAAAAUCAUUAGGCAAUUACUCAUUUAGCAGACGUUCAACAUAAUUUUGAUGGCCAGAAUCAUCUUUAGGCAUAAAUUUAAUAUAUCCACAAUAAUUAAAAAGCAGAACCAUCACAUCCAUAGAGGUAUAAGAAUAGAGUGGGGAAGGUGGCUCUAAAAGUGUCCGUCUAGAAGAAAGAGAAAGAAGAUGAGAGACUGCUAGCUAUCUCUCUCUCUUGUGACGCAUGGCAUCCAAUGGCAUCACAUCGAAAUAUGUAGUAAGAUGCU